AUGUUCAAGUUUGUCGCAUUGAUUGCCUGUCUUGCAAUUGCCGUCCUGGCUCACGAGGAGGAACAUCAUGCGCACCCCAAGUACAAGUUCGAGUACGGUGUCAAGGAUUCGCAUACCGGAGACAAUAAGGAACAGUGGGAACAUCGGGAUGGUGAUGCUGUAGAAGGCUCAUACUCACUCCACGAACCGGACGGCACGCACCGAGUUGUGAACUACAAAUCGGACAAGCAUGCUGGAUUCCAGGCCCAUGUGCAGCGUGCUGGACACGCUAGCCACCCGGCCGUUUACGGCGAGCAUCACGACGGACACGGACACGGCGGUGAAAGUUAUGCCAACAUCGAUCAGCAUCACUGA